UAGUUUGAUUUAAAUUCAUUUUGUCAUAUUUCAAUUCGUAGAAAUAAAAUAUACUGCACAAUAGUACGCAGAAUAAGUAAAACAAGACACGCAAGUCUAUAGUACAAACGGUCUUUAAAGAUUGUAUUCAGAAGUAGAUGCUUUUUGAUGUAGCCAUUAAGUACUACAAAUAGAAUUUUAAAUUAUUUGAAACUAAGGGUCUGCGCAACUUAGUAAAAGUUUCAAUAUUCAGUCUACGGAGUGAACUUGGAACAAGUAUGACUUUCUUCGAUAACUCGAAUUGGAAACUAACUAAAUUUUUAUUGUCAUGUUUUGGUGCAUGGCCUUCGCAAUCACCUAAAAUUCGAAAAAUAAUUAGGAUUGCGGUAUUUCUUUUAAUUACAAGUAUUUUUAUACCCGAGAUCAUACGGCUGAUAACAUCAUGGGGAGAUAUAAAUAGAGUUGUUGAAUGCGCACCAAUCUUCGCAUUACACUCUUUGACUAUCGUAAAGAUGUGCAAUUGUCUUUACAAUAUAGACAAGAUAAAAAUACUGUUAACAACAAUUCAAACGGAUUGGGAAUCUCCGAUGACAGAAGAAGAAUUAAAAAUCUUACGUGACUAUGGAAAUCAAAAUCGUAAAAUUACCCAUUCCUACGUAUAUUUCAUUUAUGUUGUUACGGCGAUGUUUUUGGCUACACCCAUGGUUCCAAAAAUACUUGAUUAUUAUGUACCACUCAAUGAAUCAAGGCCGCAGUUAUCUUUGUAUCAAACAGAAUAUUUUGUGGAUCCAGUGCAGUACGAAGUACCAAUUUUGAUUCACGCAUAUAUAAUUAGUCCAUUUCCUUCAACUAUUAUCGUUGCAUUUGAUUCUUUGUACGCUAACUUCGUUGGUCAUGCCUGCAGCAUGUUUGCAGUUGUUGGAUAUCGGCUGAAAAAUGCAGUGGACGAUAAAUAUGUAUGGAACAAACAAAGAAAAAUAAUUCAGGAUAACAAAGCGCAUCAAUCAAUGAUCAGCUGUAUUAAAGAUCAUAACAGCAUAUUAGAGUAUUGCCAAAUUCUUAAAUCUAGCUACAAUAGUUGCUUAUUCGCUAUAGUAGUUAUAAAUAUGUUGGCUUUAACUAUUACAGGAUUCCAAACUGUAAUAAAAAUGGAUGAAAUCAGUGAGAUGAUAAGGUUCGGUACAUUUUCCAUCGGCCAAGUUGUUCAUCUUUUCUUCCUCAGUUGGCCAGCCCAAAAGUUAUUGGAUCAUAGUCUUUCUAUUCAUCAAUUAGUGUACUUAGGAGAGUGGUAUAAUAUUUCUACAAGAACAAAAAAACUGAGCAUUUUUAUUAUGAUGCGCAGCCGAAAACCAUGCAUCCUCUCCGCUGGAAAAAUGUAUACUAUGUCAUGCGAGAGUUUUAGUAGGGUGAUUAAAACAUCAAUGUCAUACUUUACACUUUUGACGUCUCUCAGAUAAUUUUUGGGCAUAAAAUAAUAAUAAAAAAAUUGAUAUCAAUCAAUAUGGAAUAAAUAUUCAGUUCUUUUAUUAA